AUGCAGUUUGAGACGAUAGUGCGUACCGAGCCCCCAGGGUCUUCUGGGCGUCGCUCUCUUUGGGAGGAGGAUACCUCCCGCUGCGGCUCAGCAGAAAGCACGACGAUAAGGCUAUGCGUGCACCUUUUCUGCGCUGCGUGCCUGGGUGCUUUUGUGCUUUGGGGGAUCAAAGCCGAUCCUCCUGUCAAGGGUUUCUUUUGCAACGACACCAGCAUCCGAUAUCCCCUGAAGGCGGAGACUGUCCCCGCCAAUUUGGCGACUGUUAUCGUCAUUGGUGUUCCUGUAAUUAUCUUCGUGUCUGUGGAGGUGUUGCAAAUACUGGUGGUCGAUAGGAGCGGCCCCUCCAGUGUUUCGUUAGUUUGCUGCUCUGUACCUAAGAUACUCGCCGACAUGUAUCUGGUGUUUGGGGGUUUCGCCUUCGGGCUUCUCUUGAACUUUUCACUAGCAAAUGUGGCCAAGCUGUGCAUUGGCAGACUGCGGCCUCAUUUUCUUUCAGUCUGUCAGCCAAAUUGGAAUGCUCUACAGUGCACCGACACCACAGGCGACCUGUACGUGAACGUGUAUGAAUGCCGUGGAACAGAUCUGGCAGCGAUCAAGGAGGCGCGUCUCAGCUUUUUCUCUGCUCACAGUAGCAAUUCUAGCUGUGCUAUGAUAUACGCUCUCAUAUAUCUCCAGUAUCGCCUCACAAGAUCUUACUAUGGGUCCCUCAUGCCUUCAUUGAGGCAAAGACAGAGGAGCGGCAGCAGGGCGCAGUGGGCCUGGGAUACAGCAACUGCCUUGCGUCCUUUCAUUCAGGCAAUUCUUCUCAUUCUUUGUCUCUUCAUUGCCCUUUCCCGUGUUAUGGAUUACUUUCAUCAUCCGACAGAUGUUCUAACGGGCCUAUUUGUGGGAACAGUUGUUGCUUUUUACUCUGCCUUCUACGUCAGUAAACUGCAUCUUCUUGGUCGCAUCUAA